GGAGUUUGAACGAAAGAACUUGUGAAGGAAAAUCCAAGGCUCUUGCUACUCAACUUGAACAUGAGUCAUGAAACUCAAUAAAAAUAUCAUCUACAAGCCUCUAAUUUCAUCAUGUCUACAACUUUUCUAAGUCCAUCACAUUACAUUUCCUUUCCCUUAUCUUUCCCAUGACCACACUUGUGCAAUUCUCUAUCAAAUGUUCGCUCUUGAAGCCCAAGUUCUUCCAUGAUGGCAUAUACAAGAGACCCACUUUCCCUUUCUCUCGGAUGGAAGCAAAGGUUGGCUCUUUUAGUGGGAAUAGCUUGAAACUGAGAGAGGGCAGGGAGAACUUGUGCUUUUUGGGAAGCGCAGUGUUUCAAAAUGGGGUUUUGUUGAAAGAUAAGGGUUCCAAGAGGGAAAAGAGAAUGGUGGCGGUGAGGAAUAAUCAGGGGUUUGGCUUCAACGGUGGUGGUGGUGGAAGAGAUGAUGGUGCCACCGCUCGGCUUUUGGGAAAUAUUGCUUUAGCUGUUGGGCUGACUUACCUUUCUGUGACUGGACAACUUGGUUGGAUUUUGGAUGCUAUUGUCUCCAUUUGGCUCAUUGCGGUGCUAAUACCAAUAGUAGGUGUCGGUGCUUUCCUCUGGUGGGCAGGACGAGAUAUAAUGCAAGGCACUUGUCCAAAUUGUGGAAAUGAUUUUCAGGUUUUCAAAUCUUCUCUGAAUGAUGAUUUGCAGUUGUGCCCUUUCUGCGGUCAACCUUUUUCUGUUGUUGAAAAUGAGUUUGUGAAGGAAUCAGUGAAGUUUUCAAACCAAUCUACAACAUUUGGACAAGCAUUCAAUAAUUUCACCCGUUCUAAAAAUGAAAAAGAUUCUGGUAGAGCAAUUGAUGUUGAAGCUGAAAUUAAAGAUGUAGACUGAGUCUUUCACAGCUACAACAUGUUGGUAGGUGUGAAGUAAUUAGCAAAUUUAGAGUUGAACACAGUUAAGCCUGUCAAUUUUUUUGAAGACAUUAAAUGCAUUUACUACUUUCUUUAUAAAGUAGUACAAGAUUUGAUGGAGGAACAUUACUUUUUAGAUGUUUCUUUUGCAUGGUGUCCACCUAUAGUAAUUUUCUGAAACUGGCAUUGCAUUUUCAGGUGACUAGGUUGAACACAAAUCUUAAUUGGUUAAAGAACAGGCUUUGGCUUGUAUUUUCCAUUUUACUGAAGACACAAUGAAUGACACACAGUGAAUAGAGAAGAGUGUGUUGAGCAGAGUAACAUUGCAAUUGUAAUAUAAGUUUUGACAGUAAUGUUUCUCAGGUCACACUUGUAUUAUUUGGUGUACCAGAAUGCUGCUUCCUUUUUCUUUUCAUUGUUGUUACAUAAAAUGAUUAGGGGAAAUAAAGAUGCUUCGAUUCAA